AUGACAACCUAUUUGGAAUUUAUACAACAAAAUGAAGAACGAGAUGGAGUACGAUUUAGUUGGAAUGUUUGGCCAUCAAGUCGGCUGGAAGCUACAAGAAUGGUUGUUCCAGUAGCAGCCUUAUUUACACCACUAAAGGAGAGACCUGAUUUACCACCUAUUCAAUAUGAGCCUGUUUUGUGUAGUAGGACCACUUGCCGUGCAGUUUUGAAUCCUUUAUGUCAAGUGGAUUAUCGAGCAAAACUCUGGGCUUGCAACUUUUGUUAUCAAAGAAACCAGUUUCCACCUACUUAUGCUGGUAUAUCUGAACUGAAUCAACCUGCUGAACUUUUACCUCAGUUUUCUAGCAUUGAAUAUGUAGUUCUGCGUGGCCCUCAGAUGCCUUUGAUAUUCCUCUAUGUGGUUGAUACUUGCAUGGAAGAUGAAGAUUUACAAGCUUUGAAGGAAUCUAUGCAGAUGUCAUUAAGUCUUUUACCACCUACAGCCUUGGUUGGACUUAUUACUUUUGGGAGAAUGGUGCAGGUUCAUGAACUUGGAUGUGAGGGCAUUUCAAAAAGUUAUGUCUUCAGAGGAACAAAAGAUCUGUCUGCCAAACAACUGCAGGAAAUGCUGGGGCUCUCUAAAGUACCUGUUACUCAAGCAACACGUGGUCCUCAGGUACAGCAGCCACCUCCUUCAAAUAGGUUCUUGCAGCCAGUACAGAAAAUAGACAUGAAUCUCACAGAUCUUCUGGGGGAAUUGCAGCGAGACCCUUGGCCUGUAUCACAGGGAAAGAGACCUUUGCGUUCUUCUGGGGUGGCACUUUCCAUAGCAGUAGGACUACUUGAGUGUACUUUCCCCAACACUGGUGCCCGUAUCAUGAUGUUCAUUGGUGGUCCAGCCACUCAGGGGCCAGGAAUGGUGGUUGGAGAUGAAUUGAAGACACCUAUAAGAUCAUGGCAUGACAUUGAAAAAGACAAUGCCAAAUAUGUUAAAAAGGGAACUAAGCAUUUUGAAGCACUGGCUAAUCGAGCUGCCACGACUGGUCACGUCAUUGAUAUUUAUGCAUGCGCAUUAGAUCAGACAGGUCUCCUGGAGAUGAAAUGCUGUCCCAACCUUACUGGAGGAUACAUGGUAAUGGGUGAUUCUUUUAAUACUUCCUUAUUCAAGCAAACUUUUCAAAGAGUCUUCACCAAAGAUAUACAUGGACAGUUUAAAAUGGGUUUUGGUGGUACAUUAGAAAUAAAGACCUCAAGGGAAAUAAAAGUUUCAGGAGCUAUUGGACCCUGUGUGUCUCUCAAUUCUAAAGGACCCUGUGUGUCUGAAAAUGAGAUAGGAACAGGUGGCACUUGUCAAUGGAAGAUAUGUGGGCUUAGUCCCACUACAACCUUAGCCAUAUAUUUUGAGGUUGUCAAUCAGCACAAUGCUCCAAUUCCUCAAGGAGGGCGUGGUGCAAUUCAGUUUGUGACUCAGUAUCAGCAUUCAAGUGGGCAGAGACGCAUUCGAGUGACCACCAUUGCAAGGAACUGGGCAGAUGCUCAAACUCAAAUCCAGAACAUUGCUGCAUCUUUUGACCAGGAGGCUGCUGCCAUUCUUAUGGCCAGGCUGGCAAUAUAUAGAGCAGAAACAGAGGAAGGCCCAGAUGUGCUUAGAUGGCUAGACAGACAGCUCAUUCGACUGUGUCAGAAAUUUGGAGAGUAUCACAAAGAUGAUCCAAGUUCCUUCAGAUUUUCAGAAACUUUCUCCCUUUAUCCACAGUUUAUGUUUCACUUAAGAAGGUCUCCUUUCUUGCAAGUUUUUAACAAUAGCCCUGAUGAGAGUUCAUACUAUCGUCAUCAUUUUAUGCGUCAAGACCUGACCCAAUCUCUAAUCAUGAUUCAACCUAUUCUCUACGCAUAUUCUUUUAGUGGACCACCAGAGCCGGUUCUUCUUGAUAGCAGCAGCAUUCUUGCAGAUCGUAUUCUUCUGAUGGACACAUUCUUCCAGAUUUUGAUUUAUCAUGGUGAGACCAUAGCCCAGUGGCGCAAGUCAGGAUACCAGGACAUGCCAGAAUAUGAAAAUUUCCGCCACCUUCUGCAAGCCCCAGUGGAUGACGCCCAGGAGAUUCUUCACUCCAGGUUUCCAAUGCCGAGAUACAUCGAUACUGAACAUGGCGGCAGCCAGGCCCGUUUUCUGCUUUCAAAAGUCAACCCUUCACAGACUCAUAAUAAUAUGUAUGCCUGGGGACAGGAGUCUGGAGCACCUAUUCUCACAGAUGAUGUUAGUUUACAAGUGUUCAUGGAUCAUUUGAAGAAACUUGCUGUGUCAAGUGCUGCUUGA